AUGGACUGGGAACGCGAAAUUUCGAGCGGAGCAUCUUCGACACUGCUGCCCUCGACAGAUCCCGAUUACAAGGAGCUUGACGGGGUCACUGUCGAUUAUGAGGACCUUAUUGACGAGGACGAAGAGGAGGAAGACGAAAUCGUGGAGGACGACUACGAAGAGGAAAUCACCUCGGGAAAUGUGACUAAGCGGUACAACAAGCAGAAGAAGGUGGUUGCAAGCGUUUUAGGCGAAAAACCGGCACAACAGACCGCUGACAGCGACCUCAGCAAGUACACGGGCCGAUUACGUAUGGACGACGACUAUCUUGAUUCACUGACUCAUCAGGGGCUUGCUGCACGUGAUGGGCAGGUGAAGGGCAAGAAAAAGUCGUCUGGAGGUGGAUCUCAGACAGGUGGCAAUUCUGCUCUCAUGGGGACCGCCACCAAAGACCGGGCUGAUCGAGCCACUAAUGAGCAGGUUCUGGAUCCCCGGACCCGAAUGAUUCUGUUCAAAAUGAUCAACCGAGGAAUUAUUUUCGAGGUCAACGGGUGCGUUUCCACCGGCAAAGAAGCCAACGUGUACCAUGCGUGCACCGAGGAGGGCGUUCAUCGUGCCAUCAAGAUCUACAAGACGUCAAUUCUGGUGUUCAAGGACCGAGAUCGAUAUGUGAGUGGAGAAUACCGGUUCAGACAUGGCUAUUCGCGCCACAAUCCGCGCAAAAUGGUCAAGGUAUGGGCUGAAAAGGAAAUCCGAAACCUCAAGAGAUUGCAUACCGCCGGAAUCCCGUGUCCGGAACCUCUUCAUUUACAUCUUCAUGUUCUGGUGAUGGGGUUUCUGGGCGACAAAAAGGGAUGGCCCAGUCCCCGGUUGCGAGAUGCCAAAAUCUCCGAGCUCUUUGCCAACCCUGCCGAGGAAUACACUGCUCUGUAUCAUCAGUUGUGUGCGUACAUGCGAAUCAUGUAUCAGAAGUGUCGGCUAGUCCACGCCGAUUUGUCUGAGUACAACAUUCUGUACCAUGAGCGCAAGUUGUACAUUAUCGACGUUUCGCAGUCGGUUGAACACGAUCAUCCUCAUUCUCUGGAGUUUCUGAGAAUGGAUAUCAAGAAUUGCAAUGAUUAUUUCCGGAAACAUGGAGUCAGCGUGUUUUCCGAGAGAACACUCUUCCAUCUCAUUACCAGCCCGUUUCUGGAAGACAUCAAAAUCACCGACGAGAUCUCCGUUAGUUCCCGGGAGUUGGUGGAGGUGGAUGAAAAGGAUGGUGAAAAGGGCGACAAAACGACUGGAGACAAGAGUGACGAUAAGGCUGAAGAUGAUAAGAGUGAAGACAAGGGCGAAGACAAGGAUGAACACAAGGAUGACAAAGUUUCCGUAAUCGAUGACUCCACUACUGUCUGUGACACUUCUGCUACCAUGUCUGGCCCUGCAGAGGCGAAAAAACGAAUGGAGGAAACAGUCGACUCGCUCACCGCAUAUAUCCAAGCGAUGCCCAUUGAAGAGUCCACGGACCAAAUAGAGGCCGAUGACGCCGUGUUCCGGUCGGUCUACAUUCCCCAGAACCUCGACCAGGUCUAUGACGUCGAGCGAGACGUGGAAAUGGUCAAUGCCGGCCAGGGCAAGGAUCUCAUCUACUCGUCGCUCAUUGGCAAGAAGGACGAGGAAGAAGACCAAGAGAUGGGCUCGGAAAGCGAGUCUGACAACGAGAGCAUUUCGUCGAUUGACUCGGAGGAGCGCGAACGGCGGUUCCAGGAGAAAAAGGCCCUGACCUCGAAACUGGGCAAGAAGUUUGAAGACAAGGAUGCUAAAAAGGAGCGAAAGGCGGCAGUCAAGGAGGCUCAGAAGGAGAAGCGCAAGGAGAAGAUGAAGAAGGCCACCAAGAAGAAGCUGAUUUCCAAGUCCAAGGGUAAACAUUAA